CGCACUCCUUUUGGACUUGUCACCUCAGCACAUGCCCACCAUGCCCGUGGUCGGUGUUCUCCUCUGGGCCACCCUGCUGACUCUGGACUGGCAGGCCACCCACGCCAAGGACUACGUCUUUGCUACCCCGCGAGUGCAGCUCUCCUUCAAAGAGCUGAAGGCCACGGGCACCGCGCACUUCUUCAACUUCCUGCUCAACUCCAGUGACUACCGCAUCCUGCUCAAGGACGAGGACCACGAUCGCAUGUACGUGGGCAGCAAGGACUACGUCCUCUCUCUGGACCUGCACGACAUCAACCGCGAGCCCCUCAUCAUCCAUUGGCCUGCUUCCCAGCAGAGGAUUGAGGAGUGCAUCCUGUCGGGCAAGAACAGCAACGGAGAGUGCGGCAACUUCAUCCGCCUGAUCCAGCCCUGGAACCGGACUCACCUCUACGUGUGUGGCACUGGCGCCUACAAUCCCAUCUGUGCCUUUGUCAACCGUGGGCGCAAAGCGCAGGGAUUUCCGCUGAGCCAGCCCGUCCAGCCGGGAGGCCGGGAAAGCAGAGCAGCUGACGGCCCCCUCAGCCCGAGACCAGCGGAAAGCAAGGAUUACAUCUUCUACCUGGAGCCAGACAAGCUGGAGUCAGGCAAGGGGAAAUGCUCCUAUGACCCCAAAGUAGACACCGUCUCUGCAUUAAUAAAUGAAGAGCUCUAUGCCGGUGUCUACAUCGACUUUAUGGGCACUGAUGCAGCCAUCUUCCGUACCAUGGGAAAGCAGACGGCCAUGAGGACAGACCAGUACAAUUCACGCUGGCUCAAUGACCCAGCAUUUGUCCAUGCCCAGCUCAUCCCUGACAGCAGUGAGAGGAAUGACGACAAACUCUACUUCUUCUUCCGGGAAAAAUCUGCUGAUGCCCCCCAGAGCCCAGGUGUCUACUCCCGCAUCGGGCGCAUCUGCCUAAAUGAUGAUGGGGGCCACUGCUGCCUGGUGAACAAGUGGAGCACAUUCCUGAAGGCCCGGCUUGUCUGCUCUGUGCCGGGACCCGAUGGGAUAGAAACGCACUUCGACGAGCUCCAGGAUGUCUUCAUCCAGCAGACACAGGACACCAAGAAUCCUGUCAUCUAUGCUGUGUUCUCCGCCUCAGGAUCUGUGUUCAAAGGCUCUGCUGUGUGCGUCUAUUCCAUGGCUGACAUCCGCAUGGUGUUCAACGGGCCCUUUGCGCACAAGGAGGGCCCCAACUACCAGUGGAUGCCCUACACGGGCAAAAUGCCGUAUCCCCGGCCAGGCACCUGCCCUGGGGGGACGUUCACACCAUCCAUGAAGUCAACCAAGGAUUACCCUGAUGAGGUGAUCAACUUCAUGCGUACACACCCGCUGAUGUACCACGCCAUAUACCCAACCCACCGCCAGCCCUUGGUGGUGCGCAGCAACGUCAACUACCGCUUCACCACCAUCGCGGUCGACCAGGUGGAUGCAGCAGAUGGACGCUAUGAGGUGCUUUUCCUGGGCACAGAUCGAGGCACUGUGCAGAAAGUUAUAGUGCUGCCCCGGGAUGACAUGGAGACUGAGGAGCUGAUGCUGGAGGAGAUUGAAGUGUUCAAGGUGCCAGUGCCCAUCAAGACAAUGACCAUCUCUUCUAAGAGGCAACAGCUUUACGUGUCCUCAGCUGUAGGGGUGACCCACUUGGCCCUGCACCGAUGUGAUGUUUAUGGGGAAGCCUGUGCCGACUGCUGCCUGGCCCGGGACCCCUACUGCGCCUGGGACGGCAAGGCUUGCAGCCGCUACUCAGCAUCCUCCAAGAGGCGGAGCAGGCGGCAGGACAUCCGGCAUGGCAAUCCCAUCCGCCAGUGCCGAGGCUACAACUCCAAUGCCAACAAGAAUGCGGUGGAGGCUGUGCAGUAUGGAGUUGAGGGCAGCACGGCCUUCCUGGAGUGCCAGCCUCGCUCGCCCCAGGCCAGCAUCAAGUGGCUGCUGCAGAAGGACAACAGUGACCGUCGGAAAGAGCUCCGUGUCGAGGGCCGGGUGCUGCGGACGGAGCAGGGCUUGCUGCUGCGCUCCCUGCAGCUCUCCGACAGCGGCCUCUACUCCUGCACCGCCACGGAGAACAACUUUAAGCACACGGUGACCAAAGUGCAGCUCCGUGUCCUCAGCAGCCGCACCGUCCACGCCGUGCUCUUCCAGGCAGAGGUAUCCCCGGGCCUCCCGCCCGCUGCUGGGGGUGCCGGGGCCACCGGGCUCCCCGGCGCUGCCAUUCCCCACCAGCAGGACCUGCUGCAGCUCCUCACCCAGCCCGAAAUGGGACUCCUUGACCAGUACUGCCAGGGUUACUGGCGCCACGUAGCCACCAGCUCCCAGGAACCGCUGGCUGGCCUCAAAGCCAAGGAGCAGCAGGACCAGAAGAAGCCUCGAAACCGCCGGAAUCACCAGCCAGAGACCUACAGGCAUACAUGAAACCAUUGGCAGGGACUUUGAUAGCACAGUGGUCUAUUU